AUGAGAAGGGAAGACACGUGCGAUCGUGUGGAGAGGGCGCUGCGAGAGUGCCACCGUCGAGUUCCGGCAGGUCCGAGUCGCGACUCAGCGUGUCGCCACCUUAACCAGGCGCUGGCCAUGUGCCUUGUUUCGUCGGCGUGUCCCGAAGAAUCGGAGGCGGUGCGCACCCUUUGCUCCACCGCGGGCACCGCUCUGAAGCGCGAGCAAUGUACACUGCAGCCUAUGUUCUCUGAUGUGUACAAUAAUAGCAACCAUGAGCAGUCAUUGAUGGCUAUGAACACAAUAGAGAACAAUAGCAUUAGGAUGAGGUUGGAUUGGAAUGGCCUUAAUCUCUACAAAUGUUCAGUUCAAAUCAAACUUGUAGGCGGCAUGGGGGCGCUCACUUUCACAGAAGAGUUUACUAGCAGUGUCCAGCCAGGAAGGUUGUUCAAGGCUUUGAUCCUUGAAGCUCCAAACCUCAUCCCCAAGCUGAUGCCUGAGGCCAUUAAGAAUGUUCAACUGGUUGAAGGGAAUGGAGGCCCUGGAAGCAUUCAGGAGAUUACCAUUGCUGAAGGUGAUAAGAUCAAACGCUUGAAGCAUAGAAUUGAUGCAAUAGACCCAGAGAAAUUCACUUACAGCUACUCAGUGAUUGAGGGGGAUGCUGCACUGGAAAAAGUGGAUUUAAUUUCACAUGAGAUUAGGUUCGAGGCCACUGAAGAGGGAGGCUGCAAGACCAAGAAUGUCAGCACUUAUCAGCUCAAAGCAGGGGUUGAUGUGAAAGAGGAGGAUUUCAAGGCUGCAAGGGAGGAAGGUUUGGCUCUCCUCAAGGUAGUGGAUGCCUAUCUUUUGGCAAACCCAGAGGCCUAUGCUUGA